AUGAGACCUUCGAUAUUCCUCGUCACUGCAACCCUAGCGCUCGCCGCUCAAGCCUCUUGGUUCGGGGGCUCAUCAUCGUCUGACAACGACCCCGAGUACAAAAGCUGGAACACCAACGAGCUGCAGGCGUGGCUCGAGGUGCACAACGUCCCGAUUCCGAAACACGCCCCAACCCAAGCAGAACUCAAGGAUCUCGUCGAGGAGAACUGGGAUACGGCGUCGGUGUGGACGUAUGACCAGUAUGCUUCCGCCCAACAAGCGUUCCAGGACCUACGGGAAGCCGUCUUCGAGACUUGGGACGAGUCUCGCCUGCGUCAAUUCCUCCUCGAACACGGUGUCGUUGCGCCGAAGGGAACUCGCGAGAAUCUUGUACUGUUGGCGAAGCAGAAACACAGGUCGUACACAAAGGCGGCGAGUUCGCUCUCGGCUGAAGCCAGCGCACGCGCAAGCACGGCGGUCUAUGGCGACACGGCACAUCAGAUGAGCAAGAGCGUGUCGAGCGUUGCCUCUCAAGCCACUAGAGAGGCGACAGCGGCGUUUGACAUGUCCAAGGACUACGUGUACUCGAGCUGGUCGGAGAACCAGAUGCGUGCGUGGCUCCAGGAGCGAGGCUUGCUCAAGACCAAGGCCAAGAAGCGUAAGGACGAGCUCCUGCAGAUGCUUCACGACGCGUGGGGAUAUGUGGCGAACCCUGUCUGGGUUGUUUGGAGCGACUCGUACAUCCGAAACUGGCUUGUUGCCCAACAUGUCAUCAAAUCCGACUACGAGGCACGCCGCGACGAGCUGGCCGGGCUUAUGGAAAAAUAUUACUACAACACUCGCGAUUCUGUUUACGACUCUUGGUCUGACUCUGACCUCAAGAAAUGGCUCGUUGAGCACGGGGUCAUGAAGAGCGACGCCAAGGCGAGCCGCGACAAGAUGUUGAAGAUGGUCGAGGACAACUACAUGUCCGCGAAGGAUACGUUCUGGUCUGCAUGGUCGGAUAACGCUAUUCGCGAUUGGCUCAUAGAAAACGGGUAUAUGCGCUCUGGCGCCCAGGCAAAGCGAGAUGAAUUGAUCAAGCUGGCGAACGAGAAAUACGCCAGCGCCCACGCACAGAUGGCGGAGUACUUGAAAUGGCCUGACGCCCGUCUACGUGCCACGCUGCGUGCGCACGGCUACAGCGACGAACAUCUACCAGGUGACAGACUUGGGCUCUUGCAGGAGGUGCGGAUCCGCUACGUCAGAACCCAAACAACCGCCGAGGCUAUCUUCACUAAAAUCAAGGACCUCGUCAAUUCGGGGAUCUACAAGGCCGAAGACGCCCUGCACCACCUCAUGGCUAUUCUGAACACAGGCUGGGAGGACACGAAGGAGAAGAGUUACGAUGGGUACGAAGAAGCCAAGCACCGUGGGGAUAGAGGGUGGGAAGAUGCCAAGCGUCAGGCAGGCAACGCGGAAGGUUGGGCUGCGGAGAAGGUCAACGGAGCGAGGGAGAAGGUGGGUGAGAAGGUCAAGGUUGGGGGACAAAAAAUCAAAGGGGAAUUGUAA